GUUUAUUUUUCCAGUGUAACUGAAAAGUUAAGUUUCAUUUUCCUGUUCUGGGACAUCAUUUGCUUUCUAGUCAGCAACAGAGACCAUACUAUCAGGACCAGUGUCAUGAACUAAACCUGAACUGAAUCUGCGUAGUCGUGGGGAAAUAUUUUUCUUUCCUUGUGCUGACCAGUCUGUUUGGAAGGAGAUAUCUAAUAUUGAAAAAUAAAAAAUGGAUAAAAACCUUGAAAGCCUGCUUCCAGGAUUUCCAUGGGAAAAAUAUGAGAAAUCCAAUGGGAAAAAAGGAAGAAUUAGCUUGAAGAAAAGAAAGAGAUUUGCGGAUGAUAAAAAUGAGAACAACCUCUGGCGUGUAAAAUGUGGAACCAAAAUGGGCAUCUUGCAUAAAGAGAAGAUGAGCAAAGGUGAGGCAUGUAUUGAGCGUAAAGGCUCCUUUUACACUCCACCUGAGUUUGAGAAGCUUGCAGGAAAAGAGCCAUGUAGAAAAUGGAAGUCAUCUAUUUGCCACAAAGGAAAAACUCUACGCUUUUGGUUCAAGAAAGGUUACCUAACCACUAACGGAUAUAGACAAAAGAAAAGAAAACAACAAUCAUCAGACCUUGAGUCCCACGAACUCUCAACAGAACCCAAGGAAGAUCGUGAUGAAGAUGAAGAUGAUGAUGGAGAAGAGGAUGAUGAUGAUAUGGAUGAAGAUAAUGAGCCUGACACUAAGAAAAACAAAGAUGAAGAUGCUACACCGAUUUAUAUCUCUUCUGAAGAAGAAGAAAGCGAGAAAGAUCUUGUUGAAGAUGAAGAUGAGGAUAUGGAUGAAGAUGAUGUUGGUGACGAUCAGCGUAGCACUGAGGAAGAUGAGGAUGAAGAAGAUGAUAAUGAUGAGGAAGAGACUGUGCCUGCUGUUGCCUCUAACAAUACUGACAGCAAAGAGAGAGUAACAGCUACAAUUCCAACACCUGGAAAACAUGCAUUAGAGAUGAAAGAGCAGAAAACUAGACGUCGUCCUGACAUGCCAAGAUCUGAAGUCAGUGGAAAUAAGAGAGAUGUGGCAAAGAACACAGCAAUCAAACUGCAAAAUGUUAAGAAAGAACCUCAAGACAAACUGAAGAAGACAACAAGCAGCACAAUUUCAACACCUGUGAAACCUGCACUAAAGAUCAAAGAAGUAAAGGGUGUCGCUAAUAGCCUUCCUGAGAAGACUAGACAUCAUUCUGAGAUGGCAAGAUCUGAAGUCCGUGGACAUAACAGAGAUGUGGCAACAAACACAGCAAUCAAACUGCAAAAUGUUAAGAAAGAACCUGAAGACAAACUGAGUCCUUCCUGUGAACCUCUGGCUGUGUCAGAUCAGCAAGAGCAUAAAGCUGUUCACUGCUCUGGCCACAAAGUAGCUGAUUUACAAUCCAUGAGGCCAGAAGGGGGUGCGGACAUAACGGAGGCCCGGUUGCCUGGGCCCUCAGCCAGCUCUGGUUUGAAUACAAUGGAUCUUGAUCAACUGAAGAGGGAAAAAAUAAAAAAUGCAACUGAAAAUUUUAAAAUUACAAGAGAACUAUUACACUUUGAAAGUAAAAGAACUUAAAAAAUGAGGAUUAAUGGUUCUGUAAAGCUGACAUUGCAGACAAUAAAUUAAACGAUUGUUGUGUUUUAUAUCCACAAACUGACACGUUAAUUGGAAGUUUCUUUGGUGGAAUAUUACUUUUGACAAAAGCUACAAAAUCAUAGAAGUGUGCUGCAUUUAUACACCGUACUUUUUCUUUGCUAUACUCAGUUUUCCUUUAGUAUUGUUGAUUACCAUGUUUUACUUUGUUUUUAGAAUUAAACAAAUAGCUGA